AUGGAUGAAGAAGCGAAGAAGAAACAUUGUCACUUUUUAAUGUUUGAAGUUGGACAGAACGCGAUCUCAUCCGGUAACAAAUUAAAUAAUAACGAUGAAAUGGAUGAUGAAAGAAUUGUUCCAAAGAAAGAACAAUCGCCUUUUACAUAUCACCCUUAUGAUAAUAGUUCCACGUUUAAAAAUAUCGCUGAACCUUUUAAUCAUCAACAAGGUAUGAAUGAUCAAGGUGCAAUUGAACCAACGGCUCUUGUUCUACCAAAAUCUCCUUCUUCCACGUCUAGUCUUUUCUCGACUUCUACUCUUUCGGGAAAAUCUAUCUCAAAAGCUUCCAACAAAAAUCCAGCCCCAACGAAAACUCGUAAACCUAGAGCACGAAAACCUAAAAGAACUCCUCGUCCCCCUAAUGCGUUUAUCCUUUAUAGGAAAGAUAAACAACCUCAUGUUGUCGGUAAAGAUAAAAAUUUGACUAAUGCCGAAGUUUCUAAAGUAAUUUCAAAGAUGUGGUGGUUAGAAACUGAAGAAGAAAGAUUUCGGUGGGAAAAACAUGCUGAUAGGAUGAAGUUAAAGCAUAUGCAAGAACACCCUAAUUAUGUCUAUCAACCAAAGAAGCCGGGAAUAAAAAAAUCAAGAAAAUCAUUAAAAGGACGAGAAAAUACCAUGUCUCGUAAUUCAACUUCUACAUUUUCCGCAAUCCCCAAUACCGAUAAAAACUUAUAUUUGAGAGAUGAAGCUACAAUCACCGCAAUUGCAGAAUCCGCUUUCGCUGAAAGUAGAUCACAAAUGAAUUUAUCAUCUACAUCAUUCACAAUAUCUACAACAACUACAUCUUCUAAAUUGUCAUCUCCACCACAUUCAGCAAAUGGAUCACCAACAUAUUCUUCUGGUCUUAUGAAUCAAAACAUUAAUAAUAAUUUACGCAUUCAACAAAAUCCUGCACACAUAAUGUAUACACACCUACCGCCAACUCCAACAGAGAUGGUUCAUUAUGAAAUUCCUUCGCAAUACUUAUUAUCAACAAACGAAAAUUUUAUUAAUCCAAUGUUAUCUUCUACAAAAACUUACUUUCCUGCGACAUCAAAUUUUAUGUCACCUCAUGCCUUAAAUAAUAAUAAUGAUGGUAUAGAAACAUAUUUAGAUCCUCAACCUGUUGAUAAAUUUCAUUAUUUUAUAGGCCAUGAAACAAAUCCAACUUAUGCAACACUUCAAACUUUUAAUGGAGGAAAUGGAGGGAUAAAUGAACACAAUGAACACAACACUUUGUUUGAACUUUUUAGCAGUAGUAAUACAGUGACCGCAAAUUCAACCCCAGAUAACGAUAAUUAUUUUGAUGAACCUUGUUCACCUCAGAAUCAUUUUCAAUCAGUCCUCUUUUCGAGGCGAAACAGUUAUAGUAGUUUGUGUUCAACUGUUGUUUAA